GCCUUGUGGCCCGGUUGUAAAGAUUUUGAAAAAAAGCGUAAAGCUCACGCGGCCGCGGGACUCAAAGACCUUGUGGAAAAAGCGUCGCGGAAAAAAACGCGACGUGCGUGCCGCGGCGUGAAAAAUCGGCCGCUCGUCCCCGUUGACAGGUCUCGCAUAUCGUGCGUACCGCGAGACUCGCGACAGCGCGCUUGACCAGCGCAGUCCGGGCUACGUUUAGAAGGCGGCCAUCUUGCAAUCCCUAAUCAAAGAUCCACGGCUAGCGGGGUAUCGCUGUUCUGGUUUGCGGCCAGUUAAUAUCAACACACAGUUCGUCAAAUGGCUUUAAAGCGAAUUAAUAAGGAACUUCAGGACCUUGGUAGAGAUCCGCCAGCACAAUGCUCGGCUGGACCUGUGGGAGAUGAUUUAUUCCACUGGCAGGCAACUAUCAUGGGACCACCCGAUAGCCCGUACCAAGGAGGGGUAUUUUUCCUAACAAUACACUUUCCAACAGAUUAUCCAUUCAAACCACCUAAGGUCGCAUUUACGACUAGAAUUUAUCAUCCCAACAUUAACAGUAAUGGAAGUAUUUGUUUGGAUAUUCUAAGAUCGCAAUGGUCUCCUGCACUUACUAUAUCAAAGGUGUUACUGUCAAUAUGCUCCUUGCUAUGUGAUCCAAAUCCAGAUGACCCACUGGUACCAGAGAUAGCCAGGAUAUACAAAACUGAUAGGGAGAAGUACAAUGAAUUGGCACGUGAAUGGACGCGCAAGUAUGCCAUGUGAUGCGCCAAUCUCCGUUGACUUCAACAUCCAAACACCACCAAGAAACAGCCCCAGCCUAUUGCCACUUAUGCAUCAGCACCGAUUGAAAUUAGCUAUGGCUCGUAUACUUUUAAACUUUUAAGUCAGUAUUCGGGCUCGAGGAAUCCUCAGGCAAACGUGAUCGAUCUGAACUUCCCGCGGUUCGGGAAGCCCGCGAAUAUUAAAAUGUUGCCACAAUGGCAAUUUGGAGGCAAUUUUAAAGGUGGUCACCCAGCAUUAUAUACAUUGAAUCAGACAAAACUUGUCCGCUUUGUUUUUCAUAAAUAAAAAAAUGGAAGUAACAUAUAGGAGAGUGAAAGUAGGAUUUGUAUUUAAAUCUAAUAGAUUGAUUUCGAAUUAUUGUGCUUAUAAUAAUUGUAAUAUUACGAUACCUACUUUCUCAGUGGAAAUGGAAACUUUGAACUGACAGCACAUCGAUUGUUAGUCUUAACGCAAGUGAGCAAUGUUUGCCCGUCCCUUGGAACGAUGUGGUCACUCUUUUGUAAGACUGGGCUAUAUAUAUAUAUAAAUAUUACUGAAACUGUACGUGUA